AUGGCUACCCCACCCCCACCCCGGCAUCAGUCUACGGUAGCGGCCCAACCCUCUGAUGCUGGCCCCGACCACAGCGAAGACAGGGAUGGAUGGACCGACGGGUCAGAGGACGAUCAGGCGCUCCUCGAGGCCUUGGCCAAGAUCGAGAACCAAGAGGAUGAUGCAGUCACCACGCCGGACGAGGACGAAAACGACGACGACGGCAUCUACACGCCGCCGCUCCCUUCCCAGCAGUCCAUCAUGAGGCUCGCCAAGCAGGCCGGACCUGGCCUUGCUCUCGGGGGCCGCAUCAUCACUGCAACCCCACCCUCUUCUCCACCUCCGAUGAGACCGACAGAAGAGAAGAAGAGUCGAAGGAAGGUGCAGUGGGCAGAUGAGGACGUGGUCAUCGAGCCUGCUGCGCCGGCUAACGCUGGUACGGCAGGUGACGGUGGAUGGCAGGACCCGAUCGACUACCCGCGACAGCCACACGGGACAGACGAGGGUCAGGGGAACCUCCGACUCGGCGCGAAUGCACACGCAGACGCAGACGAUGGCCUCGACGAGGAAGCGCCUCAGGCAGGCCAGCCAGACGGGGGCGCCAGCACGGAUAACAAGAAGGCCUACCUCGAAUCAGAGAUCUAUAACCCGAUCGCAUACGGAGACAUGCGCUCGUACAUGAAGUACAAGCGUGCCAAGCUCAAGGUCCAGGAAGCCGCCCUGCUGCAGGAAGAGGCGGAACUGAUGCAGGCUGGCGACGCCGCCCAGGCCGCGCUCAAUGGAAACGUUCAGGAGGCCCCGGCCGACGGCAAGAAGUCCGACAUCUUCAAAGGCUGCUGCGUCUACAUCAACGGCCAAACGCACCCCCCGUACAGCGAGCUGAGGCGGCUGCUCGUCCUCCAUGGCGGCCAGCACAUGCCCUACCUCGACCAGAAGCGGCCCUGCACCCACAUCGUCGCGUCCAACCUUACGCCCAAGAAGCGCAUCGAGUUCAAGGACUACAAGGUCGUCCUCCCUGGCUGGAUCCUCGAGAGCAUCGAGACGGGCAAGCGGGCCGAUUGGAGGAAGUGGAAGUGCGAUGCAAUCACCGGCUCCAACGGACACGUCGGCGGCAACCUCGUCGGAAACGAGGAGCUCGGCCUCGCCGGCUGGAGAGACCUGGCAAAGCAGGCGCAGAGCGGCAAGGCGCUGCCCAGGUUCGGCGAGGCCGUCGAGAGCCCAUGGGGCAGACCCGGCGCCCAAAAGACCCUGCUGCAGGGCUUCAUGAAGCCGAAAGAGGCGAAGGAGUCGCCAUCGCCUGUCGUGCAAGUGGAGACGCCCGCACAGCAGCACCAGCGUCGGGACACCAGCACACGCUUGCCCUCGUCACUCUCCACAAGUGCUAAGGAGCAGAUCAGUCGCAUCGACAACGGCAGAGGCAACGGCCCUGCAGCGGAGCCCAAGGUCGGCGUCGUACCUGCUCAGCGGAAGCCUGAGCUGACGAAAGAGGCGAGCCCGGCCUUGGCAAGUGCCGUCAAGCCGCUUCAGCACCUGGCCCAGGAGCUCGAGAGCGAUAGCGCUCAGGAUGCGGCAGCAGCGGUGCAGCCACCCAAGCCCCUCGGAACGACAGAUGAAGCGACGGGCCCCACAUCGGCUCCUCAGACGCCGACAAGAGGCCAAGCUCCGGGCAGGAACGACUACAGCAUCGGCACCGACCCCCGCACCAGGGCCGCCGACGUGGCGGCGAGGGCGGGCGACAUCACGAUGAAGAGCGGGUACGCGAGCCGGCCUUCGAACACGCAUGCUGCGCGGCUGCUCGCCAGCCCGAGCUGGCGCGAGCGCAAUACGGCGACCAGCGAAGGCUUCCUCGCGGGCUACUUUGCCAAGUCUAGGCUUCACCACCUCAGCACCUGGAAGACCAGCCUGCAGGACAUGGUCAGCUCUGCGCUGCGUGAGGCUGGACGCCCCGCCGGGAGCCUCGACCUGCCGAAAGGCGUCGAGCGCGUCAUCAUGCACAUCGACUUUGACAGCUUCUUUGUCUCUGUCGGGCUGCGGAAGCGGCCGGACCUCAAGGACAAGCCCGUCGUCGUCUGUCACGGCUCCGGUGCCGGGCUGCCCCCUGCCGCAGAAGGCUCCGAGAAGAGGCCCGCCGACGACCAGUCGAGCAGCACCUCGGAGAUCGCCUCGUGCAACUACGUCGCCCGCAAGUUUGGCGUUCGCAACGGCAUGAGCCUGGGCCAGGCCAAGAAGCUGUGCCCGCAGGUGCAGACGAUACCUUAUGACUUCAAGGCGUACAACGACAUCAGCCUGGCCUUCUACGCCUUCCUCCUCGAGCACGCCGACGCGCUGCAGGCGGUUAGCGUCGACGAAGCCUUGGUCGACGUCAGCAUGCUACUCGAGAACAUGCGCAACGGCUUCUUCCCCGCCGGCUCCCUCUACCAGCGGUACAGCGACAGGGUCAGCUCACAGGGCGACAAGGAAAAGUGGAGCGCAGAGAAGCAGCUCGCCGAGGCCUUCCGCGACGAGAUCCGCGACCUGUGCGGAUGCGAAGCCAGCAUCGGCAUCGGCAGCAACAUCCUGCUCGCCCGCCUGGCGACGCGAAAGGCGAAACCCGGCGGCUCCUUCCACCUGACCGAGGACCUGCGGCAGUCGUUCCUCGACGGUCUCGACGUCGACGACCUGCACGGCAUCGGCUGGAGCCUACGUAACCGCCUGCGCGAGCUGUUUGAGACGAUCAACGUCGGCGAGAUCCGCAUCGCGACGACCGAGAGGCGGUUGGUGCACGAGCUCGGGCCCAAGAAGGGCAAGGUGGUGUGGGACAAGCUGCACGGCAGGGACGCGGAUCGGCUCGAGGGCAACAAGCUGCGCCAGUCGGUCGGAUCGCACGUCAAUUACGGCAUCCGCUUCCUCACCAACGACGAGGCCGAGACCUUCGUCGACGGCAUGUGCCAGGAGGUGUCGCAACGGGCCCGGGCCGUGCGGCUACGCGGCCGACAGGUCUCGGUGCAGGUCAUGGUGCGGGCCAAAGACGCUCCGCACGAGGCGCCCAAAUUCCUCGGACACGGCGUGUGCGACACGCACCACCGCAGCACGCAGGUGUCGGGCCCCGGCGGCUGCGCCAUCGACGACAAGGAGAGGAUCAAGCAGGCCGCUUGGCCGCUCAUCAGGGACCUGCGCGCGGAUCCCAAGGAGCUGAGAGGCAUCGCCAUCAGUCUCAACAAGCUCGAGCUCAGUGACGGCAGCGGCAGCGCCGCCGCGCCCGGGCCGCAGAAAGGCCAGUCGGUGCUCCGAUUCGACAAGGUGUCGCCGGCUAAAAAGCCGGCCGCACCGGCAGCCUCGUCGGCAGGAAAAUCAGCGGCACCACGCUGGCCGGCAACGCCUUCGACGGCUGCUCAAAAGCUCAAGGAGCGCCUGGCGCAGUAUACAAACGAAGCCAGCCCGUCGACCGCUCAGGAGGACGAGGAGAUGGGCAAUGAGCUGCCGGAUCUGCAAAAGGGACCGCUAGCUGCGACGCCAAGGCGACCGGUGGCGGCCAAGCAUGCCCAGGCAGCUAAUGAGCGAGAUCCGGAUCGGAUCGACGAGCUGGGCCCAGGUUUUCAGACACCGCCGCCGCAGCUUCCAGCAGCGACGCAGCUGGCCAUCCCGUCGGCGUCGCAACUGGACCCGACCGUGAUCGCGGCGCUGCCUACACCAUUUCGAGAACAGAUCUACGCCGCUCUGGGCCGCACCGGCGGCGGCAAAGAGGGCGGCAGUCUGCAGCCGACGCCGGACCGUGCGUCGCAAAACACUCCUAGGGUGUUGCCGAGGUCUACGCCGACCACGCCGCAGAAAGCCAAGGUGGCGCCGUCGCCCGCCAUGGCCGAGGCGCUGCUCCUCCCCUCGAUGUCGCAGAUUGACGCCUCGGUCCUGGCCGAGCUGCCAGAGUCGAUCCGGCGCGACAUCUUGCGCCAGAGCCGACUGGGCGAGCCUUCGGCCUCGACCUCUCGCUCUUCGUCGCCAUCGAUCAGCACGCCGACGAAGCGGAAAAAGGCUCUGGCGGACAGCACCUUGCCCUUCUUGCCGCUCGGAGGCGGAGGCGAUCUGGAUGCCGAGUCGGCGGCAGCGUCCAAGAAGCGCAAGACGGGACUCUUCCGGUCCCUCUCCGAGUCGCCGCGGAAGCGGGUCAAGACGAAGCUGUGCGACAGCCUCGUCGCGGGGCAGACGGAGCUCGACGCCAACCUGCUCGACCCGGCCUCGAUCUCGACCAACGAGCUCAAGGCGCUCGGCAUCGACAGCGACGUCUUCCGCGCGCUGCCGGCCGACAUGCAGCGCGAGAUGUACGUCUACCACCGCGAUCGGCGAGCGAGCGAGCUCAAGCGGUUCAAGGCCGGCUCCAACCGCAGCGGGUGGGAGGAGAUGACGUACGCCGAGAGGCGCAGGCGAGAGACACGGAGGGCGGCGGAGCUCGAAGCCGAGGCGUUUGCCCGACAGCAGCAGCAGCGGCAGAAGCAGGGACAUCCUGAUAAGGCGAGCUUGAAGACUUUCUUCGCUGUUCCGCUGUCGAGGCGCCCCGCCGCCGAAGCCAUGCUCCUCGAGGCGGCCACAGGCGAUCAGCAGCGGCAAGAGGACGCGCCCAACCUUCGCGGUGCGACCGAGGUCGAGUCGAUCCGACCGCUCCUGACGGCCUGGUUCGAUGCCUUUGCCCAGUACGGGCCGCGAGAGGGCGACGUGCAUCGCAUCGCCUCGUUCCUCGAGGCCUGUCUGGACCCCUCGGCCCCGAUUGGCAGCAGGAGGUGGGACGUGGACAAGGUCGAGGCCUGCCUCGUUUCGCUCCGCGGCGUCAUCGCUUUGCGGCUGGGCGAGGAUGCCGAGACGCGACGCUCGGCGCGAAGCUGGGUGAAGCAGCAGCGACGACGACGGCAGCGGCAGCGGCAACGGGAAGGAGCGGAGACAAAGGCCGGUGUGGCGGACAAGGACGGCGAUCAGCUGCUGGAUGGUUCGGCGGCGGCCAGGUGGUGGGUGGCCUUUUACGAUAUCCUCGAGCGCGUCAAUGAGCGCGUCAAGGCGAGAAUGGACGGAGCCGUCCUCUCACUCGACUAG